AUGGGCCGAGAAGACCAGGACGAAGAGCGGGAGACGCUAAAAUCUAUUUUCCCAGACGAGAUCACAGAUAUAUCUGAAGACACAUACCGAAUAUCAAUAACCCUCGACGUCGGCCAUCAUGGAGACGAUUACUCGGAUCCGCCAAUCCUCAUCCUUCAAGUGACAUACCCAGAAAAUUACCCCGAUGUUGCCCCUCGUCUUGAAAUCUCCGCUCCCCCCAACGCCCCAAAAUACCCUCAAUUUGAUAUUCAGGAAGAUAGAGACCGGCUUCUUGACUCGCUCCAAACCACCAUCGAAGAGAACUUGGGGAUGCAGAUGGUGUUUACACUCGUCGAUACACUCAAAGAGGGCGCGGAACUGCUUAUCUCAGAACGCCGCGCAGCAAUCGAGGCGCUAAGGGAAUUCGAAGCGGCGAAAGCGGAAGAGGAAGAAAACCGGAAAUUUCAGGGCGAGGCUGUAACGAGGGAGAGCUUCCUGGAGUGGCGGGAGAGAUUCCGGGCAGAGAUGGAAGAAGAGGAAAGGAGGAAACAGGAAGAGCGGGAGGCAGAGGAGAAGAAGAAAAGAGCCACCGCCAAAGGGCCGGAGAAGCUCACUGGCAAACAGCUGUGGGAACGAGGUCUGGCAGGAAAGGCAGAUUAUGACGAGGAAGAUUCGUUACCCGUUAAGCUGGCCAGUGUAGAUCUGAAAGCAUAA